AUGGCAGCUCGCAAGCUCCAGCAGGAGAUCGACAAAUGCUUCAAGAAGGUCGCAGAAGGCGUCGCGACGUUCGAGACCAUAUACGACAAGAUCAUCCAGACGUCAAAUCCUUCGCAGAAAGAGAAGCUGGAAGACCAGCUGAAGAAGGAGAUCAAGAAGCUGCAACGGUCGCGCGACCAGAUCAAGACAUGGGCUGCCAUGAGCGAGAUCAAGGACAAGAAGCCACUGUUGGACCACAGGAAGCUGAUUGAGACACAAAUGGAGAAGUUCAAGGCUGUCGAAAAGGAGAUGAAGACCAAGGCAUACUCGAAAGAGGGGCUAUCAUUAGCAACGAAGAUCGAUCCGAAAGACCGAGAACGGUUGGAUAUGGUCGAGUUCUUGCAACACAUGAACGAAGAGCUGGAGCAGCAAGUGGAAAAGAUUGAGGCUGACGUGGAGAUCAUGCACGCUGGCAUGAAGAAGGGCAAGAAGUCAGACAACGCGAAAGCUGAGCGGAUAGCGGAGCUCGAAGAAAUUGCAGAGCGACAUAAGUGGCACCAAGGCAAGCUGGACUUGCUGCAGCGAGCGCUGGAGAACAGCAAUGUCGAUACAGAGCAGGUCAAAGAGAUCGAAGACAGCAUCAAGUACUACGUUGAAGAGAAUCAGAACCCGGACUUUAUGGAAGACGACACGAUAUACGACGACUUCAACUUGGACGAAGAGGAAGCUAUAUACGGCAUGGGCAACGAGGCAGAUCGCGUCUCGUCACAAGAUACACAAUCGAUAGCAGAAGAGCCAGAGUCGGAAGCUCGACCGACGGCAAUAAAGGCUAAAUCUAGCGAAGCAGCAGGUGCGCGACGGCCAUCGACGCAACUCAAGUCGCCCCUACCAGUGUUGGCAACGCUACAUACACCGCUACCUGGCGCAUCAAAUACAGCAGCAAGCUCCAUGAAGCCCGCACCGAUACCAACGAGAACGCCAGGGGAGCCACUCAAGUACGCGUCAGCAGCGGCAGCGGCAGCUGCAAGCGAUAAGAACGGCGUAGGGAUAGCGCCCCUGCCUCCGCCACCAGGGUUGGCCUCGAACCUAGCUCCAGGACGUUCAAGCGCGGCAGCUUCUCCAGCGAUCGCAAAUGUGCAACCAGCAGCACGGCCCCAGCCACCAGCCGACGCACCGACACCAGCGCAAGCACAGCCCUCGAAGUCACCAGCUGCUACGCCGAGUGUGCCAGCAACCCCUGCCGCAGAGAAGCAAGGCCUUUCUCGUGCAGCAUCAGUUGAGGAUACCAAGGCUGCAAGCAGAAAGAAGACACCGGCGCCAGAACCUGCAGCCGACGAGGAAGAUGAGUCGCAGACAACAACGCCACCUCUUACAAAUGGUGAAUCACAUGCUGAUGAUGAGGAAGAAGAGUCAGUCUACCACCUCCCAUCAAGCUUGCAGGACUUGCUCGAUUCCUUCGAGGCGACGAAGAACGAUAUCAGUGCAGGCGCGACGAAGCCUCCAGACGAGCGAAUGCUGGCAGCAUCCAUGACUACCGCGCCCGACUCUGCUGAUACUGACGCACCGCGUCACUACCGUCCACAAAAUCCUUACCCAUUCACACCUGCACACUACCCACAAGAGCCGCUGCCGAUAUUCGACGACCCUCGGCUGUAUUCGCGCAUCGAGACAGAUGCUCUGUUCUACGCUUUCUAUUACCGUCAGAACACGUACCAGCAGUAUCUCGCCGCCAAGGCGUUGAAGUCCCAGAGCUGGAGGUUCCAUAAGCAGUACCAGACCUGGUUCCAGCGCCAUGAAGAGCCCAAGGCGAUCACCGAAGACUAUGAACAGGGGACAUACAGGUUUUUUGACUAUGAGAGCACAUGGAUGAACCGUAGGAAGGCAGACUUCCGAUUUGCCUACAAGUUCUUGGAAGAUGACCUAUGA